GUCCAACAUUACAACCGAGCUUGGCCUACUUUUUUUUGUCUGGAGGUCAAAAUGCUCAAGCAUGCAGAAGCACAGUGCCCCCAGCCCCCUCUUUCAUGACUUUCGCGUUAUUAGUAAUACAUCCAUGUUUGCUCGUCACACACAUUUCUUCCUCUAUUUGACACUAGAGGCUCCAGAAGCCAAGUGAGGCAGACGUGCAGCGAUAACAAGCCGCCUCUUCCUUUCAUAUUAAUUUUACAUGAUCUUGUAGAUGGAAUCUCUGGAUGGAGAAAACAAGCAUGCGCAUCCCCAUUUUAUAUUUACAUUCAUUUUCUGCGGAUUGGAAGACGCACCCAGUGAGUCGGAAACAUUGGACGUAUUUGCUGAAGAUGGAAAAUACUGACGUCCACCAAUGCCAAUAGUGAGAUUUUUACCCCCACCCAUUGUUUUUAAGAGAUGUAAACAUAUCGUCAAAACAAGGUACUGUUGUAUCGAUGGUUGUAAAAAUUGUGAAUAUUGGCUCAAGUUUAUUAUUUGAACAUUUUAGAUGAUAUACCGUACAAACUGGUUGAUUCUGCAAAAUUGUCUGCGCGCCUAAUAAAAAGCUUACUGUGUCUUUAAAUAUUCUUGCAGUCCUUCCGUGAGCAUGCAUAUAGCCAUAAAAAAGAGAUAAAGCUUGAAGUCAUUUUCACAAACACAAGCGGAGAGGGUGGGGGGGAAAAGUUCCCUGGGAUUUUGAAUUAUACAGCAGCAGCAGCUUCUCUAGUUUACACAUUCUGAGAAGGAGGGAGGAUGUGCUGAGUUCAGUUGACAGUCUUGACUAGAGGAGCCAACAAGUUCCCAGCAACAGCAUUUUUUUUUUCUCUCUUUUGAGUUAUUUUUCCCUCUCCGAUAGUGGAAUAUUUUUGUUUUCUAGGAUGCAACUGAACAUUUUGUGUUUGCUGUGUGCUCCUUGUGUGUUUUUUUUGCAAGGCAGGUCAGUUGUCUGUAAGGAGAUGAAGUUACCCGGCGGUGCAUCCAGACCUCCUUCGCCAUCUGACUUCCUGGACAAGCUGAUGGGUCGCACAUCUGGAUAUGACGCUCGCAUCAGACCCAACUUCAAAGGUCCUCCUGUCAACGUCACCUGCAACAUCUUCAUCAACAGCUUUGGCUCCAUCACUGAAACCACCAUGGACUACCGGCUGAAUGUAUUUCUGCGACAGCAGUGGAACGACCCUCGACUUGCUAACAAGGAGUACCCUGACGACUCGCUAGACCUGGACCCCUCCAUGUUGGACUCUAUUUGGAAGCCUGACUUAUUCUUUGCCAAUGAAAAGGGAGCAAACUUCCACGAAGUCACCACAGACAACAAACUGCUCAGAAUAUUCCAAAAUGGAAAUGUUCUCUACAGCAUCAGGCUGACCUUGACCCUCUCCUGUCCCAUGGAUCUCAAAAACUUCCCCAUGGACAGCCAGACCUGCAUCAUGCAGCUGGAAAGCUUUGGCUACACCAUGAACGACCUCAUCUUCGAAUGGCUGGACGUGGGCGCCGUGCAGGUGGCUGAUGACCUGGUGCUGCCUCAGUUUGUGCUGAAGGAGGAGAAAGGCCUGGGCUACUGCACCAAGCACUACAACACAGGUAAAUUCACCUGCAUUGAGGUGAAAUUCUACCUGGAGCGCCAGAUGGGCUACUACUUAAUUCAGAUGUACAUUCCCAGCCUGCUGACGGUCAUCCUUUCCUGGGUGUCCUUCUGGAUCAACAUGGACGCAGCUCCAGCCCGAGUAGGGCUGGGCAUCACCACAGUGCUCACCAUGACGACGCAGAGCUCCGGCUCCAGGGCGUCGCUGCCAAAGGUGUCCUACGUGAAAGCCAUAGACAUCUGGAUGGCCGUGUGUCUUCUUUUUGUGUUUGCCGCACUCCUGGAGUAUGCAGCUGUUAAUUUUGUUUCACGGCAACACAAGGAGUUCUUCAGGCUGAGGAAGAAGCUGAAAGAGCAAGAGCGGCAAAGAACCCAGGGAAGUGGUGAGAGUAAGACCAAAGGAAACAUGUCCGGCGACGAUGCGGCUCACGGGAGUGCAGGGCAGCAGUGCAGUGCCUGUGCGAGGGUACAUGCUGAAAAACAAGACAGCAUCGAGAAAACUUGGUCACUCUCUGUCAUGUCGUCUCUCUUCCAGGAGGAAGAGCUGGCACGCCAAGGGUUGCUCUUCCAGAGUUACGGGCUUACGAGCGCUCCGGAGAUGGAUGCAACCCCGGUGUUUGCCGACUUACCUCCCGGUCUAGGCUACUACGAUAUACGCCGACGCUUCGUGGACCGAGCUAAAAGGAUCGACACCGUGUCUCGGGCCGUGUUCCCUAUGAGUUUCCUCAUGUUUAAUGUCCUUUACUGGUUGACCUACAAAGUUCUACGGCAUGAAGACGUCCAAGUUACAACGUGAGGACCAUAAGGACAGUGGAUGGCGUCACUGACGCAUUAACAGGCCCUCAUGCGAAACAUGCCAGAUGCAAGGUGACUGCAUGUCUGGCGCUAUUAAAUCGUGACGUGACAUCUUUACAUUUUUAAUACCUCCAAAGAUAUGCACUUUUCAUUUCUGCCAAUGCUCCAUACAAUACUUUCACAUAGGAUACACAAUUAUUUAUGAUCAUUUUCUGUAGCUUCACUUUGGACUCCUGUCCUUGCUAGAGACAUUUUUUUUUUAUACGAGUUAUUAUUACAGUUAUCACCCCAGUGAGCGUAUGCCACACUCACUGUCUCUAUGGACACUGCAGUGAUACUUUGUUAGUGUUUCAUAAUGAUCAUCUGCUAUCUACUGAAUUAAAAAAAAAUCCCUACAUUUGACCUACAAAUAAAAUUGUUUGUUUACUAGGA